CCAGCACAUCGCUCAAUUCAUCGACUUGACUUCAAAGAAAGCCCGUUUGCAAUUGUGACAAAGGCACGUUUUCAGCCUUCAGCCACAGGUCCCCCCCCUUCAACAACUUCUACCUGCACUUCUCCACUGCACGAAUCGCUCAGCAACGAGCUCAACAAUUGACCAGUCACCUCACACGAACAAGCACAAUGACGUCUGAAACCACUACCAAUGCGCCAGCGCAAAAUGUUUCCAACAUUGAUUGCGACGUCGUCGAUACCGAUAAUCAGCUUCCCCCACUUCCCAACCCUCUCCCAAAGGAGCAUCCACAGUUCCUACAUUGUAUGCCUCCCAAUGAGCCGACAUACCGCGAUUUCUCCUUGUUCCUCGCCGGCAGUAUCGAGAUGGGCAACGCAAUAAGAUGGCAACAACACAUGGCCAAUAUCCUCCGAGACCUGCCUAUCACUAUUACAAACCCGCGACGCGGCCACUGGGAUAAAAACGCGAGGCCCCUUCCGACCGACAAGACGUUCAGGGCACAAGUGGAGUGGGAGUUAAAUGCGAUGACCAAGGCUACGGUCAUAUGCUUCUUCUUUGACAAGAAUACCAAGAGCCCAGUCACAUUGCUAGAGCUGGGGCUGUGGGCGAGCAGCGGAAAGAUCGUUGUCUGUUGUCCGGAUGGCUUCUGGAAAGGCGGGAAUGUGGAUAUUGUUUGCGAACGAUAUAAGGUGCCUUGUGUAAAGACUUUUGAGGCCCUAGUCCCGGAGGUUAAGAAGAUGUUGAAGGUAAAGGGUAUGGACAUUUGAGUCCAUUCAUGUCAAAGAUUUGGUGGUGUUCUAAGCAUUUCAGGGGGUUUUCUCACGGCAUUCCUCUGCCUACAAUCUCCCUUUUUCUGCAUUCCUGUAUUCCUACAUCCCAUUGUUUCUACAACUACCGGUUUCUGUAUUCACCUGUAUUUGUGUUCAUCUGGAUGCAUUUGUUUUGCUCCUGCGAUUUGUGUAACUGGGUAUAUAUGACUGCAUCAGCGAGGCGUCGAGGGAGUUUAUAGAUGCGACCUGAUAUGGUCUGUAACGACGACGGGCUGCUUUAUUCAUGGCUGUAGCAACUUAUGAGUUCCCCUUUAUU